ACAUGACUAAGAAAUGACCCUCUCUAUAUAUUCAUGGUUAUCAUGAACACAGAGUACUACUAUCUCGCCUAGCUUGUGUAUAUUUUUCACAUCCACACUGAUAUAUAUCAAUGGAGCAAAAAGAUGUCCCCAGAAGCUGCAUCUCAAUGGAAGCUGAUCAAGAAGAUGAGUUCCUGCAAACUCUCCCUAGAGAGAGAAUCUGGGAAGGCACUCCUUAUCUCUACCACUUCCAAGGCUUUUGGUGUCCAUCUUGGGCAUUCCAUGGUGUGAUCUCCUUCCAGAAACACUUCCAAGCACGUGACACCGAUCUAAUCAUAGCCAGUGUCCCCAAAUCAGGCACCACUUGGUCCAAGGCCCUCGCGUUCGCCAUUGUGAACCGAAACCGCUAUGGUUUCACAGCCAACCCUUUGCUCACUGCCAACCCUCAUGACCUUGUACCCUUCUUGGAGAUGGAUCUCUACUUGGACAAAAACAACCUCCCAAACCUCGAGGAUCGAAGUGACCCGAGAAUUCUCGCAACCCACCUACCAUACGCAUCACUACCAGUUUCUAUUAAAGACUCGGGCUGUCGCAUUGUGUACGUGAGUCGAAACCCUUUUGAUCAGCUCAUCUCCCACUGGCAUUUCUUACUCAAACGUUCCCAAGAAGAGGCGGGUCCAUUAGUUCCAUUAGAGCAUUUUUUUGACAUGUAUUGCAAGGGAGUUCACAGUAACGGACCCUUUUGGGACCAUGCUUUAGGGUACUGGAACGCGAGCUUGGAGAACCCUAAUAAGGUGUUGUUCUUGAAAUAUGAAGAUAUGAAAGAGGAUGUCAACUUGGGUUACCUUAAGAAGCUGGCUGUGUUCUUGGGCUUCCCUUUCUCGGCCGAUGAAGAGAGAGAUGGUGUGAUAGAACAAAUUUCAAGGUUGUGUAGUUUUGAAAAUCUCAAGGUUCUGCAAGCUAACAAUACCGGAAAGAUGAAAGGAGGGUUUCAAAAGAGUUCACUUUUUAGGAAAGGCGAGGUCGGAGAUUGGGUCAAUUAUCUAACUCCUUCCAUGGCCGAGCGUUUGAAGAAUCAGGUGGAAGAGAAGUUGGCUGGUUCUGGCCUCACUUUCAAGGCUUCUUAAUGACCCAACUAAUUCUGGUGCUUGCUCAAUGUUAGCUAUUAAAUGUUGCAUGUUAAACAUGGUGAACCGAGUGAUACGGUCAGUACCCGUUCCAAGGUUGAGGUUAGCAGUGAGGGACCACCAUCCGAACUCAUCUACUCUUACGAUCCAGUUCAGGGUAGAAGUUUUAUGUAUUACUUCAGUUUCAGUUUUUAUUUACUUUUGACGUUGAACUCUCAGGGUUAUAUUUAGGGAUCCUUGACAUAGGAUUUCCAAGUUGUAACGAAGUACUGUAUUAAAUAAAGGAUGGAUGGAUGUUGUAUUA